AUGUCCCUAAAAUUCAUGGCCGAGCGCGUCGCACAGGGGAACAGACUCUCAUACAGAGGAGCACCCUCGCAACACUCUCAGUCCUCGAGAAAGGGAAAGCGCGCCUGGCGCAAGAAUGUCGACAUUGACGAUGUCGAGCACGGCCUCGAGGAGCUUAGAGAAGAAGAGAGAGUCCUUGGCGCGCCACUGCACAAAAAGGCAGACGAAGAGCUCUUCACAAUCGACCUGACCGGCGACGAUAAGAUUCGCCGGCAAGUCAAGACAAGCAAGCCCUUGACCGCAUCUGUAAUCCUGGCCCAGCGCUCUGCGGUCCCAGCAGUCACCUCGAAGCGUCGGCAAGAUUUGAAAAAGUUUAAUGUCACGCGAGAGGAAAAGGAAAGACUCCGCCGGAUUGCCCACAAGCCGCGAGCAGGUCCAUUCAACUCUGUCCUCGACUCGUCAGAGGUUGGCCACGGGAGUGCAUUACUCGAACCGAGUGAAGCUGUCAAGAACAGUGGGACGUAUGACGUUUGGACGUCAAACGGAAGCAUUCCAACUGGCGGAGUGCCCAGGAAAAUUGCUCCACGGCACACCGAAAUCUCCGUACCCGCUGUGUCCACACCUCAUCAGGGCACCUCGUAUAACCCGCCACUCACAGACUACCGUAACCUCCUCCAAGAGGCACACGAGCGAGAGGAGCGAAGAGUGGAAGAGGAGGAGCGAUUGAAAGAGAUUAAGCAAAAGAUGGAUGCCGCCCGCUACGAGGUUGGAGCCCAGGACAAGGGAGGUGCGGAGGGAAUGCUCAUUGACGACGCGACAACUGUGAGCGGAGACGAAGAGGGCUCGCUACAGGAAGAGUCUGUUAUGCCUAGCCGUACGCCCACCAGGCGAAAGACGCCACAACAACGACGAAAGGCGCUUCGCGUGCUCGAAGAGCAUCAACAACUCAAGGCACGAGCCGCUCGGAAGAAGAUGCUUGUCACACUUGACCGGGCAAAGUCGCUCGCAAAGGAAAUUGACAACGCUCGUACGGAGCAUGAGCGCGAAGAGGCAGAGAGAAAGCUUGAGAGAUUAAAGCAAUUACACAAGGGUUUGAUGGGGACCAGGGUUGGCAAGCAUCGCGUUAUCGAACCAGAGGUUGACGUCCAACUCGGGGAGGACCUGGCCGAGACACUCACUGGACUCAAGACUGAAGGCAACUUGUUCCGCGACCGCUUCUUGAGCAUGCAGAAUCGGGCACUCAUCGAGCCCCGAGCCCGAGUCGCUCCGACGCGUCGCAAGCACAAAGUCAAGGAGCUCGAAAAGUUUGCAUGGAAACGCUUCUCGUGA